ACAAAAGAAAACUUUCAGUUUUCAGUUCCUUUUCUAACUCUUUGGCAAGUCAACAUGAAGUUCAUUCCAUUGCACACAAAAAACACCGAAAUUAUGUACAAAAAUUCACUUUGCUCUUCAGCAGCAUUCUUUGUUUUUGUACUAAUUAUUUUGUCAGUUAUGAUUCCGGUCUUAUUGGUUUCUAUUUUGAGUCCUUAUUCGGGAAUCUCUGAAUCCCGAGUGCUCUAUGAACAACCAAAAGUUAUGUUCACAUUUCAAUAUUUAUUCUUAGGGGAAUUAAGUGGUGAAGGGGCAGUGGCAUGUAGUACAUUUGCCUAUUUCAAUAGUCGCACUAAAGAGUGGCAACAAUAUUGCGAUAGUGCUAAGUUCUCUUCCCAGGACCAUAAUUAUGAUUCCCACAUGGAUACAGCAAACUUCCAACUUCAUUUCGAUGACUUCGAUGAGAAUCUUCAAAGUUUCGAUUUACUCCUUUUCUUUGAAGCAACUUUGAGGCAUAAAUGCCAACUAACUCCCCCAGCUGCCUUGAUUCAUCAUCUACAACUCCCAAAGACUGGGUUCUCCAAUGGAAUCAUCAAAAUGAAAGGCUACUUAAGACUGAAUCAAAAUGCUGAAUUCAUUUGUCCCUUCUAUGGGAGGAAUGCCAAAACCCACUUUAGAGGCGAUGUUCUUCCCAAAAACACCUCCAACAUGGAGUAUUACCAAUUUGAAUAUAUCCAGGAGCUAAUCAGACUGAAUCCGGCAUUUUUCGAAUUGGAAAUCGCUGAAACUUAUUACAAACCAAGUCAAGAUGGAGGAGUCACGAUUCAACUGCAAAUGGACAUCGUUCAGGUUCCAGCUAGAUACCAUCUGAGUGUCUGGGAACGUUGUGGACAAUUCUGGCUUUAUUUUGCCUCAUUCUUUGGAAUAUCAUUCUACAUCAUGAAUAAGACAAAGGACUUUUUGUUUGGGAGACAUAUCCUUCGCUCCUGGGAAGUGAUUCCAUGGAAGAAGAUUUACUAGAUUUGAUAAAGUUUUAAUGAGAAAUAAAGCCGUAGGCCAAUACAAAAAAAUAUUUAAAACAAUGGUAA